CCCUGCCUGUGAGCACACAGGUCCCCUCUGGUCCUUUAAGUGCUGUUUACCCGAGGAAAGGCAUGGACAGUGUGUCAGAGCCUGGUGCUUUUUAAAUAGAGUAGAAACUUCAGUCUUCCUGGAGAACAUCAGAAACCCUGAACCAUGAGGACCAUGAGGACGGAGUGGAGAAACAUCACAGUGCAUGGCACAGUGCAUGGCAACUUGUCACAGGUCAUCCCUCCUGCCCCCGCAUGGCUUCCCCUUACUUCACACAGAAACGGUUCGGUGGUGGCAUCUCCGGCUCCGAUCACUGAGAGACCCAUACACCACGGGCUCUUACCAGGUAUGAUAGCUGCAGUGAUUUUCAUCAUCUUGCUCCUGGCUCUCUACACUGUCCUCUGGAAAUGCAUGGUGUCUCCACCCAAAAGGGGGAAAAGGAAACGGAUCUUAAAGGGGGCUAGUGCAACAGCAUGACCUCGCCAGUGUCAGGCUUUUCCAGGAGCUGUAUUUUUAUGAGCAGACAUUUUUUGUCAUGAACAGAUGUUCUUGACAUGGCUGUGUAAAAAGGAUGAACUGCACCAUUCUGUGGAACAAAGGUUCUUGGGGGGGGGAACUGUGCUGUGAUCACCACUAGAUAGCAGUACUGUGUAUGUUUUGGUAGCAUUCCCUGGCCUCUAGGAUCUCAUCUCAUCUCAUUAUCUCUCAUCUCAUCUCAUCUCAUUAUCUCUAGCCGCUUUAUCCUUCUACAGGGUCGCAGGCAAGCUGGAGCCUAUCCCAGCUGACUACGGGCGAAAG